AUGCCUGUUUCGAAGAGGACAAAGAAGUUCGAGAAGAACGAGCUCGGCGCAUUGCUGAAAAAGCGCAAAGAUGUCGCAAAAAUCAAGCAGAGGAAGCAGAUGGACCUGAAGAAGAAGCAGCGGAAAGCUCUAGACAAUGCGCCUGCCGACGGCGUUGAGAACGGCGUCGGCAAGAAGACGACAAACGGGACAAAGGAUGGUGCAUUAGAGGAAAUGUCCAUGGAUCAGUUCUUCCAGGGCGGUUUCGAGCUCCCCCAAAUGAAAAAGAAGAAAUCCACGAAGCCGAAGAUUGGAAAGCGCAAGCGGACGCCGGUCGAAGGCGGUGCUUCCGACGAUUCAGACGCCGACAUGGCAGAGGCUGCAGGAGACGCAGAGGAUGCUGGCUCGGACAGCGAAUCCGGCGAUGAUAUGGAGGCACACAAGAAGGAGUUGGCAGCGCUGGCAGAGAAGGACCCAGAGUUCUACAAGCAUUUGAAGGACCACGAUCCGGAGCUGCUCGACUUCGAGGAUGACGACUUGGACGGGCUCGAGCUGAGCGCAAGUGAAGACGAGAAGACGCCGCGGAAAAAGCGCAAGUCAGACAAGGGCGGGAAGGACGACGAGGCCGACAGCGGCAACGAAGUGACCAAGAAGCUCAUCCAGAAGUGGAAGUCUUCCAUGGAAGAGAGUUCAUCGCUCAGAGCAACGAGAGAAGUCGUACUUGCUUUCCGAUCUGCCGCCCACCUUGACGAUGAGAAGAAGGACAAAUACAAGUACUCCAUAUCCGACUCACAUGUGUACCACGAGGUGCUCAUCACAGCUUUGAAGCUACUUCCAAAGGUCCUUCAGCAUCAUCUACCUGUCAAAGAAUCUGCAUCUGGCAGAAUACAUCUAUCGACCGACUCGAAGAAGUUCCGCAAUCUUGCACCUUUGCUCAAAUCCCAUGCCGUUUCUGUGAACCAUCUCCUGGACAAUCUAUCGGACGCUCCGACCCAGCGCAUGACGCUCGACUCGCUCCUCGCGCUCAUACCAUAUAUUCUUUCGUUCAAGAAGAUUGUACGAGACGUUGCGAAGACUGUUUCUUCCGUUUGGGCCGAUUCGUCCAACACAGAAGCAACGAGACUGUCUGCCUUCCUCGUGCUUCGACGACUAGUGGUUAUCUCGGACGCAAGCAUCCGGGAAGCAGUCUUGAAGCAGACCUAUCAAGGUCUCAUUAAAGGUGCCCGAAACACCACGGUGCACAACAUCCAGGGUAUCAAUCUCAUGAAGAACACUGCCUCUGAGCUGUGGGGCAUUGAUCCGAACGUGGGCUACACGACAGGCUUUGGUUUCAUCAGGCAGCUAGCCGUCCACUUACGCCAGAGCAUCACCAACAAGACGAAGGAUUCGUACAAGACGGUCUACAACUGGCAGUACAUUCACUCGCUUGACUUCUGGUCGCGAGUUGUCUCCGUACAUUGCGAGUCUCUCCGGGAAGCAGAAUCAGGCAAGCAGUCUGCUCUGCGGCCUCUAAUUUACCCCAUCGUGCAGGUCACUCUCGGAGCCAUGCGCCUCAUCCCGACGUCGCAGUACUUCCCUCUCCGCUUCCAGCUCGUACGCUCUCUGCUUCGCAUAUCGUCGGCUACAUCGACCUAUAUCCCGCUCGCUCCAGCCUUGAUAGAGGUUUUGAACACCUCAGAGAUGAAAAAGAUGCCCAAGCCCAGCACACUGAAAUCCCUGGACUUCAGCACCAGCAUUCGAGCCACAAAACCGUACCUGCGUACCCGCAUCUACCAGGACGGCGUCGGCGAGCAGGUCGUAGAGCUCCUCUCCGAGUUCUUCGUCCUCUGGAGCAAAAACAUUGCCUUUCCCGAGCUCGCUCUCCCGGUCUGCGUCAUGCUCAAGCGCUGGGUGAAGACUAUGGCUAAGAAGUCGAGCGGUAACCGCAACGCCAAGAUCAAUUCGCUGCUUGCACUUUUGGUACAAAAACUAGAGGCCAACUCAAAGUGGAUAGAGGAGCGCAGAGCGAAGGUCGACUUUGCACCCAAUGACCGCGUGGGUGUGGAAGGUUUCCUCAAGGAUGUUGAGUGGGAAAAGACGCCGUUGGGCGCUUUCGUAAUUGGACAGAGGAAGAUAAGAGAGCAGAAGGAGAAGAUGGAGGAGGAAGCACGUAAGACGCAGGACAAGAAGAGGAGAGAGGCUGAGAAGGCAGAGGCAGAUGAAAAUGCGGAGACUUUCAGCGAUGUCGAGAGCGAGGAGGAAGACGAUGAGGAUGCCGAGGAGGUGGAUGGGGUCAGCGAGGAAGAGGUUGACGACUCGGAGGAUGAGGAGUAG